GAAAAAUAAAUGCAAAUUACCAAAAAACGUUCAUUGUACCCGUGAGCUAGGUUCCGUAAAUUAUUUCAUUCUAAAAUCUAUACUUUAAUAGUAACCGAAAAGAACUCAAGGUGCGCGGUAGUGCUCCAACAACAAAAAUUAAGGACCAAAACGUGUUCUGUAAGUGUAAGUGGCGUGAGUCAGAUAAAAUUCGAAGGAUUUUAAUAAAAACCUUAUUUAUUAAAUAUUAUAUAUAAGAAAUUGAAAAAUGAUUCACGAUUUUUAUGCGGAUACCGAGGUUUUUGUCACAGGCGGCUCGGGUGCUGUUGGCAAAGCCUUAAUCGAAAAGCUGCUACGCUCCUGUGAUGUACGAAAGGUGUAUAUACUCUUGCGUACGAAGAAAAAUUUCAGUAUUGAGCAACGUUUGGAGAAAUUGAAAAAUGCGAAGGUCUUCAAAGUUCUGCGCGCAACCAAGCCCCACAUGUUCGAACGCCUCGUACCCAUACCGGGAGAUGCUAUCCUACCGAAUUUGGGUAUUUCACCAGAACAUAUUGCUCUCAUGGAAAAUGUUUCGGUUGUCUUUCAUUGUGCUGCCACUGUACGUUUUGAUGAACCGUUACGCGUUGCUUUGAAACUAAAUGUGGGCGCCACCUAUGAGGCAUUGUUAUUUGCGGAGAAAUUGAAGAAUUUGAAAAUAUUUCUCCACGUCUCCACAUUCUAUAGUAAUCCAUAUUUAAAGCGUGUGGAACCGAAGAUUUAUGAUUCCCCACUGGAUUGGCGCAUGUGUUUGAAAUUGGUGCAGGAUGAUAGCAAACGUGAGGCAUUGGAUAUUUUAACAAGAAAACUAAUCAUCGGCUUUCCGAACACUUACACAUUCACGAAAAAUCUUGCCGAAAGUGUGGUCAAUGAUUUUCGGGGUCGUAUACCGAUUGCUAUUUAUAGACCGUCUAUAGUUCUUCAUGCACUCUCCGAUCCCAUACCCGGCUAUCCGCCCACCAUUAUGGGUGCUAUGGGUCUCUUCGUACUCGUUGGAGCUGGUAUAUUGAAAACUGUAUUCAUGUCAUACACACUACGCUUCGAUAUAACACCGCAGGACGUCAGUAUAAAAACGAUGUUGUAUUAUGCCUAUCGAGCGGCAAAAGAAUAUCGGGAGAACAAUGCAAUUGUAGAGGCACCCGUUUAUAUGUCUUCAUCAUCACAGCAUUCACCUCAUACCUUCUAUCAGAUGUGCCAUAUUAUGGAAAAUGGUCUGUGGUAUGAGGCGGCUUUCGAAAAGAACUUCAUGAUACCCAGCUGUCAUUAUACAAAUAAUCGUUUUGUAUAUAAAUUUUUGGUAUUCACCAAGCAAAUCUUGCCAGCCAUGUUGGCGGACGGUCUAAUUGUGGCCUUUGGACGCAAGCCCAUUCUAAUGAGUAUUGUACGUAAAGCGUAUAUCACAUUAGAAGUUAUGCAACCAUUUCUCUUUAAUACCUACGAUAGUCCGGGUAUGACGCAUAUUGAUGAUAUGAUGAAGGUGACAAAGGGCACGGAAUUCGAUCUCAUGCCGGAGAUUACACAAGCCAAGACAGAUGAGGGCUUAACUGAUAUUUGUCGAACUAUGAUUUUUUCAAUACGCGAAUAUUUGCUAAAUGAGGACCCGAAAACUAUACCAAUUGCACAGAAACGCCUUAGAAUUAAACGUUUAGUCUAUAAUAUUUUCCGCGCAAUUAUCGCAUACUUCAUUUUGCGUUGGUUCUAUGGCUUCAUGGUUAAUUAUAUUGAGGAAGCCGCGGCUAAUUGAUGUGUUUUUUUAGCUUAAUUUUUAUUUU